AUGAUGCCUUAUCGUCAGAGAAGCCGGCAGGGCGAGUGUGAGGAAGACUCUCAGGACCAGAGAGAGGCACGGCAGGGCCUUGUGGGUAGGUCCCCAGUCCUGGUGGCUGAGGAGGAGAAGGCCACUGCCACUGCCUCUUCCUCCAGCUCUGCUGUGAUCCCAGGCACUCCAAGGGUGGUGCCUGUUAAUGGGGUACCAAGGGCUCCCCAGAGUCCUCCAAGAGCCUCCCUUCCCCCCAGUACCCUGGUCUCCAUUCCAUGGAGCCACUUUGAUCAGGGCUCCAGAUGCCCUCAGGGUAACCUGGCAGACCCUGUGGCCUUGCUGAGAGAGAGAUUAAGUGCCAAGGUAGUUAACUUGGUACACUUCCUGCUCUUCAAGUAUCAAAUGAAGAGGUCUACCACCAAAGCUGAAAUCCUGAAUCGGAUCAUCAGAUGUCACAGAGAUUAUUUCCCUGUCAUCUUUAGUAGUGCUCGGAAAUGCUUGGAGCUAGUCUUCGGCGUUGAUAUGAAAGAAGUGGGGCCCUAUAACGAGUCGUACAUCCUGGUCACUUCCUUGGGGCUCACCUAUGAUGGGCUACAAACGGAUGUCCAGGGUGUGCCCAAGACGGGCCUCCUAAUCAUGAUCCUGGCCAUCAUCUUCAUGAAUGGCAACUGCAUACCUGAAGAGGUAUUCUGGGAAUAUAUGGCUAUGUUAGGGAUGAAUGAUGGGGAGCACUUUAUCUGUGGGAACCCCAGAAGUCUCAUCACUGGAGAAUUCGUGCAGGAGCAGUACCUGGAGUACCGACAUGUACCCAACACUGUUCCUGCUCACUACGAGUUUCUGUGGGGCCCAAGAGCCCAUGCAGAAACCAGUAAGAUGAAAGUCCUCCUGUUCUAUUCCAAGAUCAGUGGGAGUGAUCCCACAUCCUAUCCAGUCCUAUACGAAGAGGCAUUGAGGGAAGAAGAAGAGAGACAAUAA